AUGGGUGGCCAUCUCGACCCCAAGCAUGGCGUGUUUCUGGGUGGAUGGGGUAAUUUGGGCGUUGCUACCCCAAUGAAGGGUAUCACCACUUACUCCCUCUCCCAGAACCGCCAACGACCAACGGCCGGCAUGCUCUACAAUGCCUUCUUCAACACCUACAGACGGUCCAGGGCGCAAAUCCUCUACGUGCUUCCUCCAUUCAUUGCUGCCUACGCCUUGAUGGACUGGGCUACCAAGAAGAACGAGUAUCUCAUGUCUAAGCCUGGCCGUCUUGCCACUGCUGGCGAUGAGGAGUAG